AUGUCAGAAUUGAUCUUGCCUCUCCCGUUCCAUCCUGGUUCUCUCCAGCGCCUCCCAACCCCCAAAAAGUGGGAGCUCCAACAAAUCACCUCGCGAGUACCACAAGCGAGGAACAUCGGGACGCAGAGCCAGAAGCCAGAGAAGCCCAAGAUCCAGGGCAAGGCGAGGUUAAUAGUGGAUCGCUUCCACCACGUACUGUACGGUGACCGUCUCUGCCUCUGUAGCGGGUUUCCCAAUGUUUCCGAUGCUGGAACCCGCUACAAGGUGCCCGUUGUGGAAAUGCGACAUGCAACCACGAGUUUGGCAGGUAUCCCGCUAGGACUUUUGAGGCACAUUCUGGCUGGGGUGACCCUUGAUUUGUACCUGGUUGCACGCACCGUCACCGUACAGAAGGCCAAGGAAAUACAUGCGGGACGACCCUGGACCCUUUGA